AGUCUUGUGAGCUCUAGUUUACAGCAGACCUGCACGUUUUGAAUAUUCUUAUUUGUAAUUCUCUUAAAAACUUUAUGAUGUGGUGUUAUUUUAUAAAAAUAAGUGCACACCGGGUACUUUUUGCUCUUUUAAACCAGUGCUUGUACGGACAUGCGCACUGGUUCCUAGUUUGAGGUGGGUGCUCGGUUAAAAAGUGAUCAUGUGCUCUGUCCACUAGAAAGACUAACUUCAUCACAUUUUUUUUUUAAGUUUGAAGAAACAGUACUGUGGUCAAAACAAAUAUCAUUGCCACCAGAUAAUUUUCUAUUAGGCCAAAUAAAUGUAGUCACAAUUUCAACGUGAAAUCCAAAUACGUAACUACGUCAUUUACGCAAGUCAGCGACGGUGGUGUUUUCCCGGGAAAUGCAGACACGUGACGAUGGAACGCGCGAAACAGACGACAAACAACCCACCAGGAGGAAAGUCAUUUCAAGAAAGAAAGUCGCCAUGCUGGGAAAUAAAAGACGUAGGAAACCUCUGCAGGAUGCUGAGCAUCACAUUACCUGUAAAACUGACAAGCCUGGGCUUCGAGAGCAGUUCAUCAGCAAAUAUAAAGGGCGUGGAGUUUUCACCACUGGAGCUUUUUUCAGAGGUGAUUUUGUUCUUGAAUACAGAGGUGAACUUCUGAGUUCACAGGAGAGUCUGGACCGAACUGGACACUACACUGAAGCUGAGAACACGUUCCUGUUUGAUUUUCAGUGGCAUGGCAAAAAUUGGUGCAUGGAUGCAUCUAAAGAAGACUUGUCUUUGGGAAGACUUGCAAACGAUGAGACCAGAAAUCCUACUUGCAAAAUGAGAACUGUUGAAGUGAGCAGAAAACCUCACCUGUGUCUGUUUGCUGUACGAGACAUUCUACCAGGAGAGGAAAUCACUUACAAUUAUGGAGACUCAGAUUGGCCAUGGCGAGUCAAGCCUUUGAAUAAAGCAUCAGCAGAGUCCACUGAUAAAAAGCCAGUCAGCAGUUUGCGCCUGCAUAAAUCCCCCCAUUGUGCAGCUUCUGUUUCCUCUCCUGAACUGGACAAGGUAAACAGCAAUGGUCCUCAUAAGCAGUCAGGCAAAUCAAGAACAUCAAGGAAUAAAACGGCGGCCAGUCUCUUUUUUUCUGUAGCCACUCCAAAGUCCAAGUCACCCACGUCACCUUCAACCUCGCCUGUGCAGCCCUCAUCAUCCUCGCCUGCCUACAGAGGAGGAGAGCGCAUCAACAAAGCUGCUUGCGAAUGUGGCAUAAAGAACCCUGAAGCACUGUCAUCAACUAGGCUCAGGAAACACAUAGCAACCAUGUCUAAAAUUCUUAACCUUAAUGAAAAUGAAGCAGACCAAUUGGCUGAUUUCCUUGGUCACGAUAUCAGAAUCCACAGACAGUAUUAUCGGUUACCAGAGGGAACACUGCAGCUGGCAAAAAUGAGUAAAGUCCUAAUGGCCAUGGAGAAAGGAACACUGUCUGACUACAAAGGAAAGAAACUUGAUGACAUUGAAAUCGACCCAAAUGAGCAACUUGAGGCCCAAGGUGAUUCCAUGUCAAGUGAUGAGGAGGAUUCCAGUGACCUAUCUCAGACGACAGCACCAGUACAGACUGAUCAACCUGUUCAAUCUGAACAAGCUGUUUCACAGGAGGAUCAAGGUUCUUCAAAUGCUCCAAAAAAGAAAUAGGAGGACAGUGAGGUAAAAGCAGUAGAGAGACACAUGAUGAGUUUCAUCAAGACAUGCAAAGUUCCUGGUAAGCAAGACUGUGAAAGAUGCAUUCACGCAGAGCCAGAAGCUUUACGCAGCGAACAUGGACUGGUGUGAAAAAUUAUGUGCGGAACAGGAUCACGACUCUUAAAAGAAAGGGUGGUUUGUAGGGAGGGACAAACACUUCAACACUUUGCACAUUAUGCUCUUUUUGUAGGAAAUGGAGCUAAAUUAAAAGAAAUGAGGAUAAAGGUGUAGAAAUAUUUUGUGGAUGGAAUGAAACAGAAUAUAAAGUGAAACGUUAGAGUAUAAGAAGGCUAAUGAAGAAGUAGAGGAUAGUAAGAGUCAAUUUUCUUUGUUCAGUUACAAUAUAGUUGGAUGAAAUGUCAUGUUAAACUUUUUGAUAUUUCUGUCAUAGAGGGAGGGGAGAAUGUAAAGAUGAUAAAAAAGGGAAGAGUGAAUAGCUGUGCUGGACAUGGGCUGUGGCUGGAUCUAACCGAUUGGUGAGAGUUGCUGUGUGCAGACUAGAGAAGCUGAAAACUGAGAUGUGAUGUCAGACACUUUCUGCUUCCCGUAGUGAUGCAGAGCCAGAAGCUUUGAAGCAGGGAACAUGGACUGGUGUGAAAAAUUAUGUGCGGAACAGGAUCACGACUUCUAAAAGAAAGGGUGGUUUGUAGGGAGGCACAAACACUUCAACACUUUGCACAUUAUGCUCUUUUCGUAAGAAAUGGAGCUAAAUUAAAAGAAAUUAAGAUAAAGGUGUAGACAUUAAAAUUAAGAGACGCUCGCGCUGUUUGCAUACUUUACCACAGCUGAAGUAGAAAAAAUGCAUUAUUUUCCAAAUACACAGAUAUUUCGGAGACAUUUUCAUUCAAUACAUGCACUGCUUGAUACAGUGUCUGUUUGUACAAGAAUAAAGUUCAACAUAAGCCUAAAUACAAACGUAAAGCGGGAAGAGAGAAUGUAAAGGGGGACGUUAAAGGACGUAAAGUAGAAGAGCAUGUAAAGGGGACGUAAAGAGGGAGGAGAGAAUGUAAAGGGGACGUAAAGAGGGAGGAGAGAAUGUAACUGGGACGUAAAGAGGGAGGAGAGAAUGUAAAGGGGACGUAAAGAGGGAGGAGAGAAUGUAAAGAGGGAGGAGAGAUUGUAACGGGGACGUAAAGAGGGAGGAGAGAAUGUAAAGAGGGAGGAGAGAUUGUAACGGGGACGUAAAGAGGGAGGAGAGAAUGUAACUGGGACGUAAAGAGGGAGGAGAGAAUGUAACGGGACGUAAAGAGGGAGGAGAGAAUGUAAAGGGGACGUAAAGAGGGAGGAGAGAAUGUAAAGGGGACGUAAAGAGGGAGGAGAGAAUGUAAAGGGGACGUAAAGAGGGAGGAGAGAAUGUAACUGGGACGUAAAGAGGGAGGAGAGAAUGUAAAGGGGACGUAAAGAGGGAGGAGAGAAUGUAAAGAGGGAGGAGAGAAUGUAAAGGGGACGUAAAGAGGGAGGAGAGAAUGUAAAGAGGGAGGAGAGAUUGUAACGGGGACGUAAAGAGGGAGGAGAGAAUGUAAAGAGGGAGGAGAGAAUGUAACUGGGACGUAAAGAGGGAGGAGAGAAUGUAACGGGGACGUAAAGAGGGAGGAGAGAAUGUAAAGGGGACGUAAAGAGGGAGGAGAGAAUGUAAAGGGGACGUAAAGAGGGAGGAGAGAAUGUAACUGGGACGUAAAGAGGGAGGAGAGAAUGUAACUGGGACGUAAAGAGGGAGGAGAGAAUGUAAAGGGGACGUAAAGAGGGAGGAGAGUAUGUAAAGAGGGAGGAGAGAAUGUAACUGGGACGUAAAGAGGGAGGAGAGAAUGUAACUGGGACGUAAAGAGGGAGGAGAGAAUGUAAAGGGGACGUAAAGAGGGAGGAGAGAAUGUAAAGAGGGAGGAGAGAAUGUAAAGGGGACGUAAAGAGGGAGGAGAGAAUGUAAAGGGGACGUAAAGAGGGAGGAGAGAAUGUAAAGGGGACGUAAAGAGGGAGGAGAGAAUGUAACUGGGACGUAAAGAGGGAGGAGAGAAUGUAAAGAGGGAGGAGAGAAUGUAAAGGGGACGUAAAGAGGGAGGAGAGAAUGUAAAGAGGGAGGAGAGAAUGUAACGGGGACGUAAAGAGGGAGGAGAGAAUGUAAAGAGGGAGGAGAGAAUGUAACGGGGACGUAAAGAGGGAGGAGAGAAUGUAAAGAGGGAGGAGAGAAUGUAACUGGGACGUAAAGAGGGAGGAGAGAAUGUAAAGAGGGAGGAGAGAAUGUAAAGGGGACGUAAAGAGGGAGGAGAGAAUGUAAAGAGGGAGGAGAGAUUGUAACGGGACAUAAAGAGGGAGGAGAGAAUGUAAAGGAGACGUAAAGAGGGAGGAGAGAAUGUAACGGGGACGUAAAGAGGGAGGAGAGAAUGUAACGGGGACGUAAAGAGGGAGGAGAGAAUGUAACGGGGAUGUAAAGAGGGAGGAGAGAAUGUAACGGGGACGUAAAGAGGGAGGAGAGAAUGUAAAGGGGACGUAAAGAGGGAGGAGAUAAUGUAAAGAGGGAGGAGAGAAUGUAAGAGGGACGUAAAGAGGGAGGAGAGAAUGUAAAGGGGACGUAAAGAGGGAGGAGUGAAUGUAAGAGGGAGGAGAGAAUGUAAGAGGGACGUAAAGAGGGAGGAGAGAAUGUAAAGGGGACGUAAAGAGGGAGGAGAGAAUGUAAAGGGGACGUAAAGAGGGAGGAGAGAAUGUAAAGAGGGAGGAGAGAAUGUAAAGGGGACGCAAAGAGGGAGGAGAGAAUGUAAAGAGGGAGGAGAGAAUGUAAGGGGGACGUAAAGAGGGAGGAGAGAAUGUAAAGAGGGAGGAGAGAAUGUAAAGGGGACGUAAAGAGGGAGGAGAGAAUGUAAAGAGGGAGGAGAGAAUGUAAGGGGGACGUAAAGAGGGAGGAGAGAAUGUAAAGAGGGAGGAGAGAAUGUAAAGGGGACGUAAAGAGGGAGGAGAGAAUGUAAAGAGGGAGGAGAGAAUGUAAGGGGGACGUAAAGAGGGAGGAGAGAAUGUAAAGAGGGAGGAGAGAAUGUAAAGGGGACGUAAAGAGGGAGGAGAGAAUGUAAAGAGGGAGGAGAGAAUGUAAGGGGGACGUAAAGAGGGAGGAGAGAAUGUAAAGGGGACGUAAAGAGGGAGGAGAGAAUGUAAAGAGGGAGGAGAGAAUGUAAAGGGGACGUAAAGAGGGAGGAGAGAAUGUAAAGAGGGAGGAGAGAAUGUAAAGGGGACGUAAAGAGGGAGGGGAGGAGAGCAUUAGGCUUGUUGGACUUCAUGCAGCGCUGCACAGAACGAUCAGAACGAACUUGAGCAGUUCUUGACGGUUAGAACUUGUGUCUGACUUCAGACAGCGACGCCCAUGCUGUGCCAUAAGGCAACAGAGUACAACUAGAGUGAUUGGAGAGCAGGAGGACUCAGCCAGAGCAGAUUCUCUAGAGCGACUCACGAGCUCUGAUGAUGACACAGCUAAUCCACGAUUGGCAGAGUACACUGCUUGACAAUGAUCACGUGUGUUUCAUUUUUCUUCUCACACCUUCAGUUCCACUAAGGAUCACAUCUGUUCUUUAUAACAGUAAAAGCUCUUUUCAUGUAGUUGCGAUAGACCCCACUUCACUGGUAUUUUGGCUUAUUUUGAACUUUAUUCUUGUACAAACAUUAGUGCAUGUAUUGAAUGAAAAUGUCUCUGAAUUAUCUGUAUUUGGAAAAUAAUGCGUUUAUUCCACUUCAGCUGUAGUAAAGUAUGCAAACUUAGCCUGAGCAUCACUACAGGAAGCAGAAAGUGUCUGACAUCACAUCUCAGUUUUCAGCUUCUCUCAUCUGCACACGGCAACUCUCACCAAUCGGUUACAUCCAGCCACAGCCCAUGUCCAGCACAGCUAAUAUAAGGGAGGAAUAGAGGCAGUAAAUGUAAAGAGGAUGAAAAGAGGGAGGAGUAAAGCGGGUAAAAAGAGUGAGGAGUAGAGUUAAAGAGGAUAAAGAGAGGGAGGAGUGAAGAGGGAGGAGUAGAGUUAAAGAGGGAGGAGAGAAUGUAAAGGAGGAAGUAGAGAGAUUUUGAAGAAGGGUGGAUGGAGGAAGUACAGAGGAUAGUUGGGCACUGAGAAUCAUUCCCACCUCAAGUUAAUUGAUUUUUCAUUGUUGUUCUGUCAUUAACUGCAAUGUGCACUUUCAACACAAUGUGUCCAAGACUGUUAAUAUUAAAGAGUCAUUUAAUCAGAGUCCCCAAAGAGUCAUUUAAUCGGAGUGUGUGUGUCACUCGAGUCCCCAAAGAGUCAUUUAAUCGGAGUGUGUGUGUCACUCGAGUCCCCAAAGAGUCAUUUAAUCGGAGUGUGUGUGUCACUCGAGUCCCCAAAGAGUCAUUUAAUCGGAGUGUGUGUGUGUCACUAGAGUCCCCAAAGGGUCAUUUAAUCGGAGUGUGUGUGUGUCGCUAGAGUCCCCAAAGAGUCAUUUAAUCGGAGUUUGUGUGUGUCACUAGAGUCCCCAAAGGGUCAUUUAAUCGGAGUGUGUGUGUGUCGCUAGAGUCCCCAAAGGGUCAUUUAAUCGGAGUGUGUGUGUGUCGCUAGAGUCCCCAAAGGGUCAUUUAAUCGGAGUGUGUGUGUGUCGCUAGAGUCCCCAAAGGGUCAUUUAAUCGGAGAGUGUGUAUCACUAUUUUUAUUUGUAUAGAGUUUUUUUGACAAUUACUACACUUUACAGAGGAACAUGCCUAAUGUCUUAAAACCCCAGUGUGUAGCCAAAGAUGACUCUGGUGAGGAAAACUCCUAAAGAUGUUUUUGUGAUAAUGAUUAGUUUACAGUCUAUGCUAAAUUAACUAAAGGGAUGCAGAUUCGGUCAGUGAAAGGUUCUCUGCCAUGAAGUGAAGUCUGUUUUAUUUCUAUAGCGCAUGAUACAUUACAGAUGGUUUCAAAGGAGCUUCACACACAUAAAAUAACUUGCAAAUGUCAACAAUUAUGAAAUGACUAAUGUAGAGCUGUUUUGCAGUUGAAAUUAAAGACAAUAGUGUUAUUAUUCAGCUCAAUUCUGUUCAUCUUUUGCUUCUGAUAGUCAAUCAGUCAAGUCAAUAAUAUUUCUGAAUGUUAAUUGUCAUUCCCCAACUGAGCAGCCAAAGGCACUUGAUCUCAAGCUACAAAUCAGACAAAACAUGUAGGCUACCCAUUUACAG